AUGUCGCCACGAGACAAUCAAAACGAUACCACACAGCCACCGAAAAGUGAGAAUGUAGAUUCAUAUCAGUCGAAGCAUAAUCAUGGCUGGCGCCAUCUCGUGCGGAAUUUCACACCUGCUUGGUUCUCGGUGAAUAUGGGCACCGGGAUCGUUUCUACUCUGCUCAACACUUUACCUUAUAAUGGCAGAUGGCUAUACUGGAUAUCAGUGGUGAUAUUCUGUUUGAAUGUGCUGCUUUUCAUCAUCUUCCUCGCCAUCACCAUCUUGCGAUAUAUCCUCUACCCAAAGGCCUUCUACCUCAUGGUGACCCAUCCCUCGCAGUCGCUUUUCGUCGGAACGCUUCCUAUGGGCUUCGCCACAAUCAUCAAUAUGGUUUGCUAUGUCUGCGUGCCAGCCUGGGGAAACUGGGCCGCUUACUUUGCCUUGGGUCUGUGGAUUGUAGAUGCUGUUCUAGCUGUUAUGACAUGUUUCGGGAUACCGUUUAUUGUGUAUGGAGUACAUAUAUCUCCUGAUGAAGAUACCAGGACUAACUCGUUUUCUAGGAUGACUCGAACGGCGCACACUGAAAUACAGGAAAUGGGCGCUGCUUGGCUGCUUCCCAUUGUAUCUUGUGUCGUUGCGGCGGCAUCAGGAGCUAUUGUGGCUGAUGUACUCCCGAAUCCCCAGCAUGCUCUGGGGACUAUCAUUGCAAGCUAUUUUCUAUGGGGCAUUGGAGUGCCUCUGGCAAUGAUGGUCAUUGUGAUUUAUUUGUUGCGUCUUAUGCUGUACAAACUACCACCUAGAGCAGUGAUUGUUAGCACGUUCUUGCCUCUUGGUCCUCUUGGUCAAGGCGGAUUUGGAAUUCAAAAGUUAGGGUUGGCUGCACAAAAGGUCUUUCCGCUUACAGGGACGUUGAGACCCGGAACAGGCGAUAUAUUCUACGACAUCGGCUUCAUGAUGGGUCUUCUUAUGUGGUCAUUUGGUUGUCUGUGGCUGUUCUUUGCAAUGGCUGCCAUUAUUCGCUCGAGGAAAAUUCCAUUCAACCUCGGGUGGUGGGCAUUCACCUUCCCGCUCGGCGUGUUUACGACCUGCACUAUCCAGCUGGGUAAAGAAAUGCCCUCCAGGUUCUUCAAGGUUUUGGGCACAAUACUAGCCGUUUGCGUUUUAUUAAAAUGGAUCGUGGUGUCGCUCUUCACGCUGAAGGGGGCUUUCAAUCGCAGUCUAUUUGUGGCACCCUGUCUGGCUGACUUCCAGGAGUAUGAGCCUCUGAAGUUCCAGAAAGAGAAGCAUGGAGCAAAUGAAUAA